AUGAAGCUCAUCUUCACCACAGCGGUUCUCAGCGGCCUCUCCUCCGGCCACGGCCACGGCACCGACACCACCCACUCCCACACGAUGGGAACCGCCUCCUUUCUCUGGCCAGCACCUCGUCCAUGGAGCGCCUCAGCCGACAACACCCCUCCCUGCGGCUCCACCGCCGGCAUUGGCAACCGCACCUCCUUCCCUUUGACCAACGGUCGCCUUGCCCUGGUGUCCCAAGGCGACACCCGCAGUGUCCGUAUCGGAGUUUCAUACGCCAACGACCCUCGAAACCUCGAUGACUUCGCCAUUCUGCUCGAUCCGGAGCAGUUCGGAGACCUCGAGGUAGGACACACGUGCAUCAAGACUGCUGAUUCGCCGAUGGGAGUCGUGGCGGGCAGUAAUGCGACGUGGAUGGUGAGUUAUACGGAUGAGGAGACGGAUGAGGUGGAGUAUGCUUGUGCGGAUGUUACCCUUGUGGAGGCUGUGGCAUUCACCGAGAAGAUCCCUUGCUUCAAUGCGACUACAGAGGGCGAUGGAGCUGAGGUCGACGAGGGUGUUAAUGCGACGACGUUGAAGGCCGAUGGGUUUGAAGCGCAUCCUGAGCUGAGCCGUGACGAGGGAGGCUUGGGUGGAGGAGCAAUUGCCGGGAUCGUCGUUGGAGUUGUUGCUGGAGUGGCGAUCGUUGCGGUACUUGCGUUCUUCUUGUGGAAGAGAAGCAAGAAGUCAAAGGCUGUGCAGCCGGCUAUGGUGCAGACCAAGGACGUGGAGAAGGCGGGCAGCGAUGCGUCGUCACACUAG